GAAAUUCAAAAUGUAAAUAGAAUGGACUUGAAUGUUGUUGUGGCUCUGUACAAUUUAUUUUCAUUAUGCGAUUGCACCGUUAAUAAUUAAUCGAAUUCGAGUGGAUGCAAAGAAGUAGUUUGAACGAGUAACGAAAUUAGAGCUAGAACAAAAUUAAUAAAAAACAUUCAACGUCGAAAAUGCAUUCAUAUGUGGAUGAAUUGAAUCGAAAAUGAAUUCGAAUGCAUCAAUGCCAUUCAUUGACCUUUUAAAACCCAUUGAAGUGUUGACGAGAGAACCGAUUAUCCGAUUGAUUUUCGUAAAAAUAUCAACUGAUUGGCAACUAAGUAAGUGUUCGCGUACUGCCAAAUAUUUGAUAUAUUGCCAAAAGCCAAAAAUAAACGCUACAGUCGAGGAGCACCAAAAAAAAACAUACAUGCAGAUGUGAACAUAUCGAAUGUAUUUCGGCAGUGGCCGUUCGUUUCGAAAACUUAUCACCUCUCCUAUCGUCGAAUUCCGUUUUGGCAUUAAAAAUAAAAGGGACCAAUUGAAAUGGCCUUAAUUUCAAUUAAAACAUCGUCCCUAAAUGGAACGAAACGGAAAGCGUUUUGUGCAUCGUCGAUACAGUAUUGUGUGCGAUGAGUGUGAAUUGAAUGUACAUGUGCGAAUUGUGAACAGUCCCCAAAAAAUCGACACACUCUCACACACAUGCACGCAACGCGAAACGCUCGUCACGUGUGUGCGUACGAUAUUUGUGUGUACUUUACAUCUGUGUAUGACAUAAAUAAAAGAACAAAUGAAAUGUAUUUAGUUUUCAUCAAUUGACGGACCGACAAGUUGAUAUGAUAAUGGCGUAAAAGAAAAAUACUAUAAAAAAGCUGUCAAAUCUGUCGAUUUUUACACAUUUUGUGCGUGAUGAACACAAGUGAACAAAAGAAACCGUGCAGAAUUUUGCUGUGUUUUGGAUAACAUCACGCAGAUGUUGGGUGGAAAACGAAAAUUGUCCGUGGAAAAUCUAAAGUAAUCAAAACUAAGACGUGUGCACGAAUUGUGUGUGUUUUCGAAUACACGAAAACGAAAGGAACAAAAAAAAAAGAGUUAUUAUCCAAGAUCUAAAAUAAGAGAAAUAGACGCACACACACUUACCAAAAUCUCGUUUUACAAUUGUUACUGUGGAGUGAAUGAUUUAUUUAUUCGGACGCAAGCAAAUUUUCAAGUGUAAAACAUGGAAGAAGUGAAUAUUACCGAACUCGAAUCACGAUAUUUCUCCGAUUUAUUUGCAUGCUGUGAUAUUGAAAAAACGGGCAAAGUGCCCGUGCUUAAAGCCACUGAAAUGUUUCGUUCGUCAAACAUAUCGGAUGACAUUCUCAAAAACAUUAUGUCACUGGCGAAUAUUCCGCAAGCAGCUCUGUAUAUGUCAAAAGUACAGUUUUAUUCAUGCCUUAAAUUGAUUGCUGCACAUCAAAGUGCAAUUCAACUGCGGCAGGAGUUGAUUGCGUCGACCAUUGCAUUGCCACUACCCAAAUUUAGUUGGAACGAAUCACCCGUUCAACUGCGUACGGAGGCAUUGAAUGGCAUAGUGAACGAUGUGAAUCGAUGGCGAUCGGGCAGUGAUCGCAGUCCAUAUCUCAUUGAAUUAGCCAGAGCUGAUGCACAAAGUGAUAUCGCCAAUUCAGACAUUACCAGCACUGACUCAGAAGUCGAACAGAAUGAAACGGAAAAGAAACCAAACACGCGUCGAGCUGGUUCACCCGAUGCAUGGAGUACGGCAAGUGAUUCGCCAACGCCUACAAACAGUGUAGCCGAACGACCUUGGGCGAAAAAUGCAUUGUGGCAAGGUCAAUUAGAGGAACGAACUCAAUUACUUGGCACCGAAGAGGAGUCUUCCGAUCGACACAGCAGCGAAGAGGAUAACGAUGUCGAUUUAGAAGCCGUUUAUCAAAUAACACCCGAACAAAAGGAGUACUACAUCAAACAGUUUCGAACGAUUCAACCAGAUUUGAAGGGUCUCAUAUCAGGGCAGGCAGCCAAAGUAUUUUUCGAAAAAUCACGCAUUCCGGUGGAAGAGCUUCGACACAUUUGGCAACUGUGUGACGUAACCAAAGAUGGUGCAUUGAGUUUGCCCGAAUUUGCGGCCGCCAUGCAUUUGGUUGUGGCACGACGAAACAAUAUCCCAUUGCCACCAAUUCUACCGGAAUGUUUGAUUCCAAGCAGCAUAUUUUUCGAAUCAUGUCUGCCGGCCGAAGCGGAUCUUCUUCAUUUGGAUGACGAGGAUAGGGAUCGUGUGGACGGUUCAUUAGGUAAUGCCGAUGCACACAAUGCAUCGUUCAAGGCAACCGAAAAAAAGCAGCCAAGUAAUUUAAUAGGAAGCCAUACAGGAAACAGUCGACCGACGACGAUACAACCGAAAAUUCCGCAUCCAAAUAACAGCAACAAAGGUAGUACCAGCUCAAGUUCACCAAUUAACGAACUGGAGAUAUCGCCAACAAAAUCCAAUAAAAUCAGUUCGUCAAAAGAGUGGAUCAAUCAGAGUAGUAAAGAAUGGACGAAAUUCACGGAAUCACCAACAUCAAGUGUGUCAAGCCCCGGACCGAAACCAGUCAAUUUCGAUAUGCAAAGAACUGUACAAGCGGUUGGCUCAGAUCCACAGAUUUUACAUCCAGUUCCGUUGCGAAUCACUCCGGUCACGGCCGAUAACAAUGACGACGAUGCCAAUCGCUUGAGUUAUCAACGUAAAUCGGAGAAUUAUUUGUACGAAGGAGGCAUCAUAACAAUCAGAGAUUCGGAUACAUCAAGCCCAAAGCAAUAUGCCGUUCAACGUGAUUCGGGCAUACAGAAUGAUUUGCGAGCGAUACAACGGCCACAACCGAAGAAAAUACAAAAUAAAAACAGCAUCGGCGCUAUUCCACCGCCACCACAACGCGAAUCAAUAGCAUUGAACAACAAUGACACAACUGACAAUGCACCUCCCACACUAAUGAAGAAGCAAGAAGUACCUCCGCCACCACCACCAAGACCUCAGAAACAUGCUAGAAGCAGCAGUUUGGAUUUGAAUAAACUGAAAUUAAAUGCACCAGUUCCUCCAGAGGUGCCACCUCGAGUAUCACCACACAUGACCGCACAAGCAAGUCUCGAUGCUCAACUAGAAACUGGCAAUUCGCCAUUCGCCGAUUUCACACAAUUCCCAGAAUCUGGAUCUGAUGCAUCACGAAAUCAGCCGCAGUCAUUGGAAAAUGAUGAUGGUUUGCAGCUUCCGCCAAGGCCGAUCGUUCCCUCGUUCCAGUCGUCACAAAGAUCGAGUGCAUUUGAGGUGUAUCGAAAACCGACGCCACGUGACUCAGCUUCGCCGCCCGACUCAUUGGCCUCGAAAUCAAUUGGCGAACCACAUUCGCGUCUUGUUAGCCUGCAUAAAAACGAUAGCAAAAAUUUGAGUGAUGUUAUGUGCCACUUGAAAGAGCAAAAUCAAUCUCUAAUUACGAUAUGUAACGAUCUAAGCGAAGAACUACUGACGGUGCAACAGAAGAAAGUGGAAUUGAUGGCGCGGAUUGAGAAUGAUUGCAAUAAUGGUCACAAUAGUUUAGGUGUGUGUAUUAGUAGGGAAUCAAACAAUCAAUCGACCGUAUAAUGAUGAUGACGACGAUGACGAAUGAAUGAAUGUGCGUACAGCAAACCUAAUGAUGUUUGAUACUUUUACAUUUCAUUAGAUCAAUUUUUAUACUUUACCUGUCGAACCUCCUUUUUGCUAUCGUUUUUUGCUAAUUUCAUCCAGUUUUUGUACAGACUUUUGAACUGCAGCAACGUUAGUGUCAUAGCCGCAAAAUGGAUUCAUACGAAAAUCAAAUGAUUAGAUUAAAGCUACACACAUAUAUACCGUUUUCUUCUCAUUAUUAAAUGAAACUCCGCAUCAACCGGAUGGAAAUUAGGUUUUUAACGCUUCAUCUUAAAACCGUGCAACUUCCUUCGUGUUCAGAUAAUUCAAAGAAAACUCAAACAAUCUCCAUACAUAUACAUCAACAUACUCUAUAUCUCUCUCUCGAACGCUAUAUUGGGCCGGCCGAUGAGCGCUAACGGUUUGGCCAAUGGUUCAGUCUCAGUUAUAAAUCGGCAAAAAAUAAUAACGAUUCUGAUUUACUGAGCACCAAAUGUAAAAGUAAAUUCGACAUUUAACCCGUUUUUUUUUUAUAAAUAAAACCAAAUGCAAAUUCUAUAUUGUUAUUCGUGUUAUGGGCAACACGAACUCCUUAGCUUCUAAAUUCAAAUUGAAAACAAAAAGUUUAAAGUAUUACAAAUGUAAGCAAGAAAACAAACAAAGAAAUUAAUAUCAAAUCAAAAUUCACCUGAUGAACAUGUUGUAGUUGUAAGCUUGAGAGAAACAGAAACAAAAAAUGAACAGCGAGAAGGAAUCGCUGUUGAGUGCUUGGUUACUACGAUUACAAACAAAAUGCAGAAAGAAAACAACAACUUUAGAUAUGUAUUAAUUAAGAGAAUCGUGAUAAUUUUAUAUUAUGUUUAAACGCUUCAAAAGCUAUCUAAAAUAAAUUCCGAAAUUUUCCUUUAAAUUUAAGUUUUCCUCUCACGUACUAUGCGCAACUUCAAUGAGUUAUUUUGAAUAAAAUUCAAUGGAAAUUUGUAACGAACAGGUUUUUUAGUUAGCAACGAUCAGUCUCUCUGAUUGUCUGUACAAAUAGAUAGGAAACGUCAAACAAGAACAAUAAAGCGGCACCUGGCGACUGGUUGGAAAAAUAGAGAGUCAUGCACAUAGUUUUCUGUAACAAGUAUGCGUCUGUGUUAGUUCAAACGUUGAAAGUAUGACACAUUGCACUUAGUCCCCAGGUGCCGCUGUAUUGUUUACUAUUUUCAUGAUCAGAAAAGCUGGCAACGAUUGCAAGGGCAAACACAAUCUGCAUAACAAAAGUAGCCAAGAAAAAGUGUUGCGUUGAGAAAAUGUCAUUGAUUAAGUUCAUUUUAGCGAAUGAUUGUAUACCUGUUAUUUUUAAAAAAAAUCUUUUUUCUUGUGUUACAAUAGAACACCCUCAUCUCACUUCACUACGAAAGAAAAUCCCUUGCUUAUUUGUUUACUAUUUAUUCCAUGCGAUUGAUUAGGCAAAGAUUAUUUACUGUUCGUUCAUUACACAGAAAAAAGAGAACUAAAACCGAUGGAUCAUCAAUGUGAAAUAUUCUAUGUAAAAUCGAAAACACAAACCCACAAAACCAGUAAUAGUUUUAAGGAGAAACAUUAAAAAAAACAAAAGUUAUUUAAAAAAUUAUCAACGGAAAAUAUCAUUACAUAUUUCAUCAAUAAAAACAAAAAUUAUGCAACUA